AUGUCCGACAUCUCCAACGAGAAGAUGGCGGCCACCGAGAAGACGACCGGGACAGACUCGCCGCCGCCCGAGAUCCAUGGCGAAGACGUCCACCACCAAGAGGGCCCGGCGUGGAUGUACCGCAAACUGAAGCUGGGACCCGUCACGUUGCCCAACUACGCGUCGCCGCCGUUCCAAAUCGUCUUCGUCGCGCUCGUGUGCUUCCUGUGCCCGGGCAUGUUCAACGCCGUCAACGGCCUGGGCGCGGCCGGCCAAGUCGGCGCACACGACAUCAACAACGCCAACACGGCCGUCUACUCGACCUUCUCCAUCGUGGGCUUCUUCGCCGGCAGCAUCGCCAACCGGAUCGGUCUGCGCCUGACGUUGGGCCUCGGCGGAUUCGGGUAUGCGCUGUACAUCGCCUCGAUCCUGUCGUACAACCACAACCAGAACGCCGGCUUCUUGAUCUUCGCGGGCUCGCUGCUCGGCGUGUGCGCGGGCCUGCUGUGGACCGCCCAGGGCGCCGUCAUGAUGGCCUACCCGCCCGAGGGCUCCAAGGGCAAGUACAUCGCGGCCUUUUGGGGCAUCUUCAACCUCGGGGCCGUCAUCGGCGCGCUGAUCCCGCUGGGCCAGAACCUGCACUCGACCACGGACAAGGUGCAGGACGGCACGUACAUUGCCUUUAUCGUGCUCAUGGCCGUGGGCUUCGUGCUGGCCGGCUUCCUGUGCAACCCGCACUUUGUGCGCCGCAGCGACGGCUCGCGCGUCAUCAUGAUGAAGAACCCGACGUGGAAGUCGGAGAUCAAGGGCAUGUUCCAGGUGCUGUUCACCGACUGGUACAUCGUGCUGAUGUUCCCCAUGUUCUUCGCCUCCAACUGGUUCUACACCUACCACUUCCAGGACGUCAACCUGCCCAUGUUCAACAUCCGCACCCGCGCCCUCAACAACGUGCUGUACUACCUGGCCCAGAUCAUCGGCGCCUGGAUCUUCGGCUUCCUCCUCGACACCACCUACCUGCGCCGCACCACCCGCGCCAAGGUCGUCAUGGUCGCACUUUUCGUCCUCACCUUUGUCAUCUGGGGCGGCGGCUACGACUUCCAGAAGGGAUACACCCGCGAGAGCACGCUGGGAGACGACAACUUUGUGCCCAAGGAUUUCACCGAUCCAGGCUACGUCGGCCCGAUGUUCCUGUACAUGUUCUACGGAGCUUACGACUCUGUGUGGCAGACGACGAGUUAUUGGCUAAUGGGCGCCCUCACCAACAACGGCCGUAAACUCGCCUGCUUCACGGGCUUCUACAAAGGCAUCCAAUCCGCCGGCGGGGCCAUCUCGCCGCAACUCGACGCCAACCUCGUGUCCUUCAUGGCCCAGUUCGCCACAAACUGGGGCCUGCUCGCGGGCUCGCUCGUCAUCGCCUCGCCCGUCAUCUGGCUCAAGGUCAAAGACACGACCGACAUUGACGAGGACUUGAAGUUCACCGACGAGACGAGGGCCGACGUGCUCCCUCCCACGCCUGCGGGUGCUGUCCCUGCCGCCGAGGUCGGCAUGGCGGAGCGGACGGAGAAGUUGUGA